AUGCACUACUGGAGUAUUCAAAAUCCACAUUGGUUACGUGAAGUUGAGCAUCAGCGUCAAUGGUCUGUGAACGUUUGGUGUGGAAUAGUUGGUGACAAGAUAGUAGGUCCAUACUUCAUUGAAGGCAAUUUAAACGGCGAAACAUAUCGUAAUUUUUUACAAAAUCAACUUCCGCUUUUACUUGAGGACGUACCCUUAAAUGUAAGACAACAAAUGUGGUUUCAACACGAUGGAUGUCCAUCGCAUUACUCCCGAACUGCUCGUGAAGUUUUGGAUCGCGAAUUCAAUGGACGCUGGAUCGGUAGAGGGGGUCCAGUAAAUUGGCCAGCAAGAUUUCCAGACCUUACGUCUCCAGACUUUUAUUUAUGGGGUUAUAUAAAGAGCGAAGUUUACAAAGAAGUGCCAACAUCUCGUGAAAAUAUGAUGCAACGAAUCCGAAAUGCUUGUGCCAAAAUAUCACCUGAUGUACUCCGCAGUUGUGUACGAUCUAUGGAAGUUCGGAUCAAUAAGUGCAUUGAAGUCGAAGGUCGCCAAUUUGAGCACUUAUUAAAUUAA